UCUUCUUGCCAUUUACCGUCCGCGUCCCGGCGGGGCGUCUUCAGACGACUGACAGCUAGGACAAGAAAUACUUGAGCUAACCAACCGUGUCGAUACUCGAAAACUCAAGUCCCGACUCUUCCUCAACCUUCGCGGAAAUGUUUCACCUGAAGUUCGCCUGCUCGGGUCGCUGAAAAGUUUUGGAGUCGCUGUGCAAAUGGAGAGGGGCUGAAGGGAACCCAAGCGAUCCGGAUCACUGAAGUUUAGUAAGGGCUUAAAUCCAACAAGUGGUGGGAUGUCCAACCGUGACUCGCUGGGCUUUGGGGAUCUGAUUCCCCACGAUGUGGUUGAGAUCUUUGCCCAAGAGAAGCAUCAUAAAAAAGGGAGGAAAAAACGCAGUCACUCCCUGGGCCGGGCCUUGGGCUGGCUAAAGGGCAAGAAGAGGAAGGAUCUCGGCGCUAAUGGGCAGAACCCAGGUCUCGGUCCCGCACUGGACUUGGCUUUGGACGGACACGUGGCUGCGCAUCUUGGCGGCAACAAGGGAGGACACAAGUCAGGAAAACAGACCCAGACACAAGGAAACAGUCAUGCUGCGCUAAAUCUGCAUGAUGAUAAGACCCCGACUCCGCCGCUGCUCCAGGAGAACGUGUUCAUUGAGGCCAGCAGGCCCAAGUACCUUGAGGACCUUCACAUUGAGGCCUUGGAAGGCUUGAAAAUGAUGCAACAGGAAGAUAACAAUGCUGGAUUGGAAUUCCAAGAUAAUGAAAGCACGACUUCAACAAUGACAGCCCAGACAGAUGGGGAGGGUGGAGGGUUCACAACUGACAGCACCAUUCCCGACGCAUCCUCCGUUGCCUCCAUGCAAUCAUCUGUGUCGAGGAGAUCCUCCCGCUCUGGUCUCACUAGGCAAGGGUCAACAUUCAGGCCCUUAAACUUCGGGAAGCAGUCAGAAAAAGGCAGGACGCGAAGACGACACAGGAAGACCGUGGGAGGCAUUCCUCCAUAUGUUCAGCGAGAGCUUGGCUUGGACAGAGUUGGCCGGACAAGGUCUUCAAAGUUGGAGGAGGAAGAACAUUUAAAUGGCAAGAGUGACGGUGUGCAACAAGGAGAAUCACAGUCUGGUGAAAAUGUCGUUGAGCCCAUCAGCGAUGCCCAGAUUUGUCCUGGUCAUGUGGAUGACCUGGCCUUGCUGCACCGACUGGGCCCAGACUUGAUAGCUGGGCAAAGGCCUCAAUCCUUUGCUGUUCCCUCAAUGACCACUGCCAACAGCCUCCAGCAGGAGAUGCCCUCCCCGGUCAUGUCAAUGUCCCCCCAGGCUGCUUACAUGUCCAAAAUCAUUCCUAAUGCCGUGUUGCCACCAUCUAUUGAAGUGGUGGAGAUCAGCCGCGGCCAUAGUCGCAACAGUGUCCGGACUGUCAGCAAGAGCAGCCUGCUUCUGUCCAGCCCUUCCCCAUCCCGCACCUCCUGUAGAACCACUUCCUCGAGAGCCUCCAAGCUCAGCUCGGCCUGCAAUCACAACCCCUACAACCUGUCUGACACUUCUGCUUGGAGUCACUCUGAGUCCUCUGAGACUUUGGUGUCUGACUCUUCAACCAUCUCAAGCGGCAACAUCUCUAGAAAAGAGGCCUCACAAGACUCCAGCAAAAUCAGAGUCAAUGGCAAGGUCAUUAUUAAGGAACGUGGGCCUAUGCAGGAGGGGCCGUUUGUGCGCAGCCUCUCUGUUAUGAAGCCCAAAAGAGCACCGCCUCCCCCUAACCGCUCCCAUUCUCUGCACAAGAUGAAGCGCCGGUCACGAGAUUUAGCAGAGGUGGCGGUCAUUCCAAAGGAGUCACCUCCUCAAAGUAGCUCAGCUUUAGGUGGGGGAAAUGAUGAACCUGAAGGUUCUCCGGUAAGGACCAUAGAUAGCCCUGGAUACAACGGGGACAUGAGCUCUCUGGAUGACUCGACGGGCUCUGUCUUAUUUCGUAUGGCAAAAUCACCACAGGCCAAUGACUCAGCCAAGGCGGGAAAGGUCUUUUCUUCUUCACAAGAAACGUGGAAACCACCGCUGGAGAAUAAAGUAAACAAAGUAACCUCCCCAUCCAGCGGCUACUCUAGUCAAGAAUGCACGUCUCCUCCGCUUGAAAUUUGCAUCUCUUCACCAAAACGCAAAAAAGGAAUUCUCGCAAAGCUUCAGAGGCUAUUUCCUGGUACUUCAUCCCCAUCCUCUCUCACCCAGUUGGAAACAAAUGAAAACAAAAUGUCUGUCAAGUCUCCACCAGAAAGAGGGGAUUGUGAAACUGCCAGCCCCUCUGUAAGUACCUUGAGAGAGCUCUUUGACAUCCCUCCACACCCUAAAGUCCAUGCACCUCCAGCCCCUCCUCCAGAGGUUUGGGCUCACAACAAACGGACCUUUGAGCUGCUUCUGGGACCACCAGCCCCGGACAAUGUCUAUGCCAUCAUAAAAAAGAAUCCAAAAGACAGGAGACAACAGAGGUCCUCUCAAUCUGUGUCGACAGAGGGCUCCGUGAAAAGUUUGGCUGGAGAAAGAAAACAGAAAAAUCUGAUUGCAAAAGUGGAAUCUACAAAUGGAAUUGCGCUAGGGACGCAGAAGGUUCACGAAAGUGCACUUUUAAACGUGAACGAGGUUCACAAAAUCGGUAACGAAAGACUCGCUCAGAAUGUAAAUUCAGAAGGAAAUGGCAAAGUGAAAGUGAAUGAUGAGAAGGUAAGAGUAAGUGACAUAUUGAACGGAAUGUUGGUGAAGGCUGUGGAGAAAAGGGAAGAAAGACUGGCAGGGAUGAAGGACAGCAUGGGCAAAAGUACACCCGCACAAGCUUCAGCAGUAACGGCCAAAAUGGAUAUCAUACAUACACUUUCAUUAAUGCGCACAUCCCCGUCCCCUUCCCCUCCUCCUGCACACUUCCCCCCGGAGCCCCCCGGCAAACAGACCACGCAGGCAAACAAUUUACCAUCCCCCGAGUCAUCCUGGCCUCCACCACCUCCACCCAUAAUACAGAUGGUCAGCGUGCCCGAUGAGUUAGAUUUCCCCCUGCCACCUCCACCCUUAAUUGCUGAAGGGGGAGUCGCAGGCCUUCCAACGUCACCACCAAAUUCUCGACAUGCUGCAGUAAAUAUCACAGAACGUCACUCCUCUCGCACAACUCCAACAAUUAUCGUGACAACGGAACCUGAACCACCGAAGUCUGUAACAUCACAUGAGAUUGGACCUCCGCCUCCCUUGAGUAUACCCCCUCCACCAGCCUAUGCAGCCCCACCCCCACCCAUUACAGCCAACAUUUCGAUGAGAAUGAAAGAAGUGAUUGCUUCUCCACCUAAAGAGGUCCCUCCUCCAACAACUCAAACGGUUUCUCCAUCGCCCCCAGAUGUGGUUCCAGCUGUGCUAGCUAAAGAGUCUGCCCCUGCAGUGGUUCAAGUGCUCCCAUCUCUGAUUCCAAAAGACAUCCCUCGACCUCUGGUCAAUUUGAAAGAAGAUGCGCCUCCUCAGGUUAGCCAGCCCACCCUUGUGCCUCCAGAAACGGUCUCGGCUCUGUGUACUGAAGAGGUUGUUCCUCCAUCUUCUCAAGAGAGUAAUUCUCAGACGCGGGAAGACCAUACCGUGGCUUCCAAACUUUAUCCACCUGAAAGUAUUCCACCACCACCACCAAGUGAAUCCCCAAACUUAAACUCAGAUGUCACCCUUCAAGAAGAGAGCAUCUCAUCUGAAUCGCGACGUAAGCAGAUUUCAUGUAACAGUAUUCUCACUCCCCCUCCAAAUAUCCCACCUCCGCUUCCGUUAGAACUUCUCCCUUCAACUGAGAUUGCACUCCCAAACACUGAUGGGUUGCACAUGAAGAAGGCCCCCGUUUCACUGUUGAGUAGCGUUUCCAUCCAAUCAAAUGUUGACAUCCCUCCAUCAUCACAUUCUACUCCACCUUUAAGCAUUCCUGUGCCACCACCUCUUCCUGCCGGGGGUCUUGGCAGUGUUUUGCACCAGACAAGUACUGCAAGCCCAGAGAAGGAAAGCCCCGAGCCCUCCUCUGUUAAUGUUCAAGAGGAACACGUCCCAGUGGUCACACCUUCUCUUCUGCAGAUGGUCAAGCUGAGGCCUCUAAAUAGCAGCCCCGAACCAUCUACUGCUCAUGACCAAGCUCAAGAUGAGGCCGUUUUGAGAAUCAAGCAACCCAGCAACCUGGUCCAAUCCCCCCAACACAAUAACGAGGCUCCACAAAAGCCCAUUAGAAGAUCUCUGAUCGUAUCCUCACCAACGUCAACGUCUCCACCCGCCAUUGUCACCUCCCAACCAGGCCUACCCCAGCCCCAGACUGUUGUUGUUGUUCCACCUGCACCUUCACCCACAGCCCUCAGGUCUCCAGCAUUGAGCACCUCCCCCGCACCCUCCAUGAACCUACAGGAGGCUAUUCGCCUGAGGACAGCUGCCAGAUCAAAAGACAGCUCUGCGCUUCGCCUCAGCUUGCAUUCGCCUACAUCACCAAAAGACCACCGUCAGUCUCCAACCAGUACAGCAAGCUUUAUCUUCUCAAAGAGCAACAAGCGGGUAGGGCUAGACUCCAAGACACCUUCACAGAGAAACCAAGACAUUUCUACAAGUGUGAUCAAGGAGGUAGAGACAAAGAAAGUCAAGAUGCCGCCACCUGUUGCACAUAAACCCAAAACAAAGGCCAUGGAUGUGGAGACCAGUGAUGGAAUGGAGCAGACUGCAGGACAGCCAGCACAGACAGAGAGCAUCAUGGACGCAGCAGAGAAAUCAAACGGUGCAGAGACUGGCGAUGCGGGGGGAGGAGCAACAUGAUCCUUCACAUGGAAGACAGGAUGGAUUUUGAUGCUAAUAUGUAAGAUGAAAAAAAAAAUCACUGAUGCAAAUGGUGUGGGUUGUUUGUUCAAGUGCACACUCUAAACAGUUAAGUAGAUACUACAAUACGUUUCCCCGCCAACAUGGUGUUCUGAGCUUUACUGGUGCGUGACAUUGAAAUAUGCUGCCCUUGACUGUUCCACGUACGUACGUCUGUCCUGCUGAAUCGGCGCUUGUCGGGAUUCUGACGCUGGGACUUCAGGGCCCUCUUCUGUAAAUAAAGCUAAUAUGAGUUCUGUAAUUUACCAAAGACUUUUCCAAACAAUUUUAGGAAAACAAAUCGUAAGUUAUUUUUGCUGUUCAAAGAAGGUCUCCACAGUCCUCUUUCAAAGUCUGAAUCUUUAAAAUAUUAUGACUUGAGUUUAUGCAUCACUCGCGUGUUCUCUUCAACAAUUCACAAGGUUAUCCUUUAAGGCUUACUGUGUUCAUGGCCCAUAAUGUAGUUCAGGGUCAGCUCAUAAUCACUGUCAAAUAAUACUGAAAUUCUUUAUGACAACACAAGUUCUGAUGCGGUUAUGUCUCAAAUAGUGGAAUAAUUGAGCUUUGAAUCUUUCACCCCAAGAUUUUCAGACAUGUAAUAAAUCAGAAGAGGAAAAGAAAAAUAAAGAUUUACGGACGCA